AUGCAGAGGACUGGAGGCCUAGUGGCCCAGCUUGCUAGCGUUCAGCUUACUGGCGCGCUGCAGGAGCUAAAGACUGGGGUGCUGAGGGCUUUCAGCACGCAGGCGCCUGCAGCGGGCAAUGUUGCUGCUCCUCCGCCUCCUCCGCCUCCUCCAGCUAAGACCUCCUUCGGCGGACUGAAGGAUGAUGAUCGUAUUUUCCAAAACAUCUACGGCCGGCACGACACCAGCAUCAAGGGUGCCAUGUCUCGGGGCGACUGGUACAUGACCAAGGAGCUCGUCCUGAAGGGCCGUGACUGGAUUAUCGACCAGAUGAAGAAAUCGGGCCUCCGUGGCCGCGGCGGUGCUGGCUUCCCCUCCGGUCUGAAGUGGAGCUUCAUGCCAAAGGCGAUGGCCUCUGACGGGCGACCCAGCUACCUGGUGGUGAACGGUGAUGAGUCGGAGCCUGGCACGUGCAAGGACCGGGAGAUCAUGCGGCACGAGCCGCACAAGCUGGUGGAGGGCUGCCUCAUUGCGGGAGUGGCCAUGGGUGCGAGGGCGGGAUACAUCUACAUUCGUGGCGAGUUCGUGAACGAGAGGCGCUCCGUGAUGCGUGCCAUUGACGAGGCCUACGCCAAGGGCUUCCUCGGUAAGAACGCCUGCGGUAGCGGCGUCGACUUCGACCUGAUGGUGCACUACGGAGCGGGGGCGUACAUCUGCGGCGAGGAAACGGCGCUUAUCGAGUCGCUGGAGGGCAAGCAGGGCAAGCCCCGCCUCAAGCCCCCUUUCCCCGCCGGCGUGGGUCUGUACGGCUGCCCCACCACGGUCACCAACGUGGAGACCGUGGCGGUGUCGCCCACUAUCCUGCGCCGCGGCCCCGAGUGGUUCUCGUCCUUCGGCCGCAAGAACAACGCCGGCACCAAGCUGUUCUGCAUCUCCGGCCACGUCAACCGGCCCUGCACGGUCGAGGAGGAGAUGAGCAUCCCGCUGAAGGAGCUCAUCGAGCGACAUGCAGGCGGUGUCCGCGGCGGUUGGGAUAACCUGCUCGCCAUCAUCCCGGGCGGCUCCUCAGUGCCGUUGCUGACCAAGAAGUUGUGUGACACGGUGCUGAUGGACUUCGACGCGCUGAAGGAGGCGCAGUCGGGGCUGGGCACCGCAGCCGUCAUCGUCAUGGACAAGUCCACGGAUGUCAUCGACGCUAUCGCCCGGCUGUCGUACUUUUACAAGCACGAGAGCUGCGGCCAGUGCACACCUUGCCGCGAGGGGACCGGCUGGCUGUAUGAUAUCAUGACCCGUAUGAAGAAGGGCGACGCGCGGCUGGAGGAGAUCGACAUGCUGUGGGAGAUCACCAAACAGAUCGAGGGGCACACCAUCUGCGCUCUCGGUGACGCGGCGGCGUGGCCGGUGCAGGGCCUCAUUCGCCACUUCCGCCACGAGAUGGAAGACCGCAUCAAGAACGCGGGCGCCCGGGAGAAGAUCGCAGCCACCGCCUAA